GGAAGAUUGAUUACCCCGACGACACGUCAGCAGAGAUUCAGGACAUUGAACUGUUCUCACCCAAAAGCAGCCGUGCCCAUCCAGAUCGAGUGAUCGGGGUCAUAUCGGUCCGAAAUCCCCAGGACAGGACAGCCCGAAUGGCACGCGAUUCGCCGCUGCCGUUGUCAAUAAUCAGGAUGCCCUAUGUGAAAAGCAAGGAGAAGCUGCUCAGUGACUGGCCUGCGUCUUUGACACGAUUCUACCGCAAACCCCCACAACCAGUGGAUGCGCAAAUACUCUCCACGCUCAAGAUGAGUGACUUCGUC